AUGGAAGGCACUCACUGCACCCUCCAAUUGCAUAAGCCCAUUACAGAACUCUGCUACAUCAGCUUCUGUCUUCCAAGGGGAGAAGUCAGAGGAUUUUCAUACAAGGGCACUGUAACUAUAGACAAAUCCAAUAAAGGCUUUCAUAACUGCUACCAAGUCAGGGAGGGGUCAGACAUCAUCAGCCUCAGCCAGCAGCCCAACGAACAUCCAGGCGACAUAUUUUUCAAGCAAACACCCACAAAAGACAUUCUAACUGAGCUGUACAAACUCACAGCGGAGAGGGAGCGACUGCUGGCCAACCUGCUGAGUUCAGACUACAUCCUCGGGAUUACGAUGGGCAACCAAGAGGGGAAACUGCCCGAACUGUCCGUGAGCCUGGCACCCGAUGACGACUGUUUCCAGAGUGCUGGAGACUGGCGGGGGGAGCCCCCGUUGGGAUCUCUCAAUAAGAGGAGCACCCAUGGGAACAAAAAGCCCCGGAGAUUCGGCGGGAGGAGAGAGAGCUUUCAGACACUUCCACAGAAAAGGAUAAGAAGAAAAGGACAUGGAAGCCAGGAAUCAGCUGCUCAGAUGGGGAAGGACCGGAUCUAUUCCAGUAACUCAUUUUCUCCUUCUCAAACAAGGCCUAAUCUCUUAGAGGAAAGAGGGAACCUACUCCCAAAUAGGGCACUUACUGCAUCCCUGCAGAGGAAAGAGAGCUGCCCCCCAGAGAUUCCCAGGACACUGGAUGCAGACCCCGGCUUUGGGAGCUUUGGGGUGGCUUCUGAGAAUACUGGGUUUGGGAGAGUGGUGCCUCCUGACCACAGCUCCACUGAGGCCAAGGCAGGCCAUGAUGGUGUUCAGGGGAUGCAGAGGAGGCAAACAGGUUUGUCUGAAAGCCACAAAGACCCUGAGAAGCAUCCCAAGGCAGAGAGUGGCCGGAGGGAGAAGUCAGCUGAGCAGUCUUGCAGGAAGAAACCUGUUUCUAAAGUGGUGGCCAAAGUCCAGAAUCUGUCUGCUCAGGUGCAAAGAGUAGUUCAGAUGCAUCCUGAGGGUGAAGAAAGGAUUGCCAUUUGUCCAGAAGCCCAAGCUGAGUUUGUAUUGAAAGCUGACUUGCUCACCCUCCCAGGAGCUGAGGCUCAGGUUCAGUGUCCUCAGUGGAGCAAAAGGCAGCAAGGGGACCAGUCACUGGUUAGAUUAAGAGCCUCCACUUUUAGUUCAUCAGCCAGUGCUGAGGGGGCUGUAAACAAGAUCCUUCUGAAGGUGAUAGAGAGUGAGAAGUUAGAUGAAGCCACUGAAGGGAAAAGACUAGGCUUCCCCCUUAGCACGAAAGCCACCCAUACCCUCCCAGAAACCAGAAACAAGAGGAAAACUGGAUUGCCUCUGGGUGGCCACAAAACCUUGUUUCUGGGUCUGCCCCACAGCGUAGACCCUGACUCCUCAGAACCCAGAGGUGAUGAGAAGAGGCCAUCUCCUCCAGCACUGCCAGCUCUCGGCAUAGUAUUUAAUAAUUCAUCCCCUCAGUCCCAGUCCGGCACACACAAACGGAUGCCACCUGUUUCCUCUCCUCUGUCUCCAAGGCUGCCCAGCCCUCAGCAACAUCAUAGGAUCCUCCGGCUCCCUUCACUGCUUGGUGAGAGGGAAGCUGCUCUUAAUGACUUACCUGCUAGGAAGAGUGGUGUCAUCUCUGGGUCCCCCUCUGCUGACACCUUGGAGCCACCAUCCUCUGCAAAGUUCACGGAGACCAAAGGAGCCAGCCCAGCCUCCCUCAGAGCAGGCCAACCUUGGUUGGUUCCUGGGGAACCUUUGGAAAAGAGCUUGGGGCCAGGGAAGACCACAGCUCAGCUUCAGCACCAGUCACCUUCAGGCAUCUCAUCCGAGGGCUUUCCUGGGGACUGCUCCAAGGAGCAGACAGCAACUAAAGACCUUCCCACUAGAGAUGGAGGUUCAUGGGUCCUGGGCUAUAGAUCAGGACCAGCCUAUCCAUUUCUGCUCCAUGAGGAGAAAGAGAAACCAAACAGAAGCGAAUUAUUCUUGGAUCUUCACCCAGACCAGAGCCCCACUGAGCAGGACGACAGGACUCCUGGCAGACUCCAAGCUGUCUGGCCACCGCCAAAGACAAAAGACACAGAAGAAAAAGUGGGAUUGAAGUACACUGAAGCAGAGUAUCAAGCUGCUAUUUUACACUUGAAGAGGGAACACAAAGAAGAAAUUGAAAACUUGCAGGCCCAAUUUGAACUUAGAGCCUUUCACAUCCGAGGUGAGCAUGCAGCAGUAACAGCGAGACUAGAAGAAACCAUUGCGAAUCUCAACCAUGAGUUAGAACACCGCUGGCGAGGAGGGUCUGAAGAAAUGAGAGAUGCAUGCAUCUCCACUGAUGACGACUGCCCUCCAAAGACCUACAGAAAUGUGUGCAUCCAGACAGACAGGGAGACCUUCCUGAAACCCUGUGAAGGUGAAAGCAAGACAACCAGAAGUAACCAAAUAGUACCCAAAAAGCUGAAUAUCUCCUCUUUAAGCCAACUUUCUCCCCCAGAUGACAACAAAGACAUCCAUGCCCCACUUCAGUCUGUGGAAAGCAUCUCAUCUAAUCAGCAGAAGGCAUCAUCUCCUCCUCCUGCACCCCCCCUACCAGCCCCUAUCCCUCUCCCUCCUGCACUUCCACCUGGCCUUGGACCUUUGCCACUAGCACCUCCCAUACCACCUGUGAGUGCUGGGCCACCACCACCACCACCUCUGCCACCUCCUCUACCUCCAAGUGCUGGACCACCCCCACCUCCUCCUCCUCCACCCCCACUUCCUAACUUACCUCCUCUGCCUAACAGUGGAGGCCCCCCUCCUGCUCCAACACCCCCAGGACUUGCACCCCCACCUCCCCCUGGACUCUUCUUUGGAGUUGGGUCUUCUUCUAGCCAAUGUCCUCGAAAGCCGGCCAUCGAGCCCAGUUGUCCCAUGAAGCCUUUAUAUUGGACUAGAAUACAAAUAAGUGAUAAGAGCCAAAAUGCUACACCAACCUUAUGGGAUUCCUUAGAAGAACCUGAUAUUCGGGAUACUAGUGAAUUUGAGUAUUUAUUCUCCAAAGACACAACUCAACAGAAGAAAAAACCUCUGUCAGAGACCUAUGAGAAGAAAAACAAGGUCAAAAAGAUCAUCAAGUUAUUGGAUGGAAAACGAUCUCAAACUGUGGGGAUCUUGAUAUCUAGUUUGCAUCUAGAAAUGAAGGAUAUCCAGCAGGCUAUUUUCAACGUGGAUGACUCUGUGGUCGAUCUGGAAACACUGGCGGCCUUGUAUGAAAACAGAGCUCAAGAGGAUGAAUUGGUUAAAAUAAGAAAGUAUUAUGAGACAUCCAAAGAAGAAGAACUGAAACUUCUGGAUAAACCUGAACAAUUUUUACACGAGUUAGCCCAGAUCCCAAAUUUUGCUGAACGUGCCCAGUGUAUAAUCUUCAGAUCUGUCUUUUCUGAAGGUAUCACCUCCUUGCACCGAAAGGUAGAAAUCAUCACAAGAGCGUCUAAGGGUUUGCUACACAUGAAGAGUGUGAAGGAUAUUUUAGCUCUCAUUCUAGCUUUUGGAAAUUAUAUGAAUGGAGGAAAUAGGACUCGGGGACAAGCAGAUGGAUAUAGCUUAGAAAUCCUGCCCAAGCUCAAGGAUGUCAAAAGUCGGGAUACUGGGAUUAAUCUGGUGGACUAUGUUGUGAAGUAUUAUCUCCGUUACUAUGACCAGGAAGCAGGAACAGAAAAGAGUGUUUUCCCCCUGCCUGAGCCACAAGAUUUCUUUCUGGCCUCCCAAGUCAAAUUUGAAGACCUUGUAAAAGAUCUGAGGAAACUGAAGAGGCAACUAGAAGCGAGUGAGAAGCAGAUGAUGGUGGUGUGCAAGGAGUCUCCAAAGGAGUAUCUCCAGCCUUUCAAGGACAGAUUAGAAGAGUUCUUCCAGAAAGCCAAAAAGGAGCAUAAAAUGGAAGAAAGUCAUUUGGAGAAUGCACAGAAGAGUUUUGAAACAACAGUAGGAUACUUUGGGAUGAAGCCAAAGUCUGGUGAGAAGGAGAUCACACCCAACUAUGUGUUUAUGGUGUGGUAUGAGUUCUGCAGUGACUUCAAGACCAUUUGGAAACGGGAGAGUAAAAACAUAUCUAAAGAAAGAUUGAAAAUGGCUCAGGAAUCUGUCAGCAAGUUGACAUCAGAGAAGAAAGUGGAGACAAAGAAAAUCAAUCCCACAGCUAGUCUGAAAGAAAGACUGCGUCAAAAGGAAGCCAGUGUGACUACCAACUAA